AUGUCACAAAGGGAAGAGGUAUGUUACAUAUUAAAAUAAUAAGACACCAUAUUUCCAAGAAUGUUAGAAAUUAGGUGGUAUUUAAUAAAAGGAUAUUUAUUUGUCUCCAACAAAAGCAGCAACAUAUUUGUAUUUACUUAAUCACGUAAGAAAUGCGAAGUAUUUGAAAGUGUGAUAAAAAUGUUGCCAUGAAAUUUGCAAAAAGACGGAUAUGCAAAUGGGAUACAACAAUUGAAUAGGAUGGUCCAGCUACUUGUAGAAUUCUUGUUCCAGUUUAAAAGAAAGAAGUAAUAAAUAAAAUAAUAAUUUAGAAAUGUAUUAAUGGUUGGCAGAAUGUUGGAUAUGAAGUAUUUUAUUAGAACAGAGAUACAAUAGCAGAUUAAAAAUAAUUAAAUUUGGACUAUGAAAAUGAUAAGAUUUAAUAACAAUUAGAGAAUAACGAGUAGAUGCUUACAAAUGAUUUUAAGUAAUAGAUGAAGAAUUUAGCAAAGUUCUAUUAAGAACUUAAUAAAAAAUAUAGAUUAAAUGUUCAUGAUCCUGAUUUUAAAGAGAGGGUUUAAAUAGCUAAAGAAUAGUUAUAAAGAUAAAGGAAUAAACCAUUAUAAUAUUUUAAAAAAGAUGGUGUGAAGUUUGUAGAAUUAUUACAUGAACUUAAUUAAGCAGAUAAACGUUAACACACUGUAUUAGAUAGAUUCAAAGCAUUUAAUUAAUUAAAAGCAUCAUAAUUUAAAAUCAAAGAGAAACUACCUGAAAAACUAUAUAACAAAACAACUAAUGAUGAAGAUUCAACUCCUAUGAAUAGAAAUAAAUUAAUGAAGAAAUCUCACAAGUUCUUAGGAUAAACUUGUAGAAAUGUAACAGACGCAUUUAAAAUGAAAUUCUAAAUAAAAGAUAAAUCUUUUCGUCUGUCGAAAUAAUUUGAUAACUAUAAUCCAAGUAUUAUAAAAAUAUAAUCCUAAUCUUCAAUCUCAUUUCAUAAAAAGAAUAAAACUGAUAAUGAAGAAUAUCUUGAAAUAUAACUCGAAAAAUUCGCUAAUAAAAUGAUAUCACCUUAAACUAAUGUUUAAGAAAUUAAUACUGAUAAUAUUAACAAAUUAAUUGAAGUAUAUAUUUGAAUAUUAAUUAAAAGAAUAAAUCAAAUUUGAAGUAAUUAUGUUUAAAAAAAAUAAAAUAAAAAGUUUUAAUAACCUAAUCCGAACACCGAAGUAAAACAGAAAAACAAGACUCAGAUUGUAAUGCUUUGUUUUCAUCAAGAUCAAGAGAUAAAGAUUCUACAAAAGCUUCAAUUAUUUUUAAAAGAUCUUAAUUGCUUACAUCUUUUACAAAUAAAUCAGAUUGUAUUAAAUGA